UUCGCACGGUUUCGGAGCAAAGGAGCCUGCUGCACGAUAACCGUGCACACCUCGGACGCUUUUUAAACGUGUUUCGAAGGAAAAGAAAGAGGUGGGAGGGUGGUAGGGGAAGAAGAGGAAGAGGAAGAGAGAAAGAGAGAGAGAGAGAGAGAGAGAGAGAAAGAAAGAGAGAGAAGGAACGACGACGGUAUCUUUCGAAUCGAAUUCUUUGCUACGCUUGAGAAACGAACAGUACACUACGUAAGUACGUAAGUACCUAAGUACUUACGAACGUACAAAACUUUUCAUCGCGCUGUGUCCGUUAUUCUUUCAUUUUUAUUUCUUAAUCUUUUCUUCGUUCUUCUUGGUGCCCCUAUUUUUCAAGAUAAAGAUAUAGAAGUAGGAAUAUGUAGAUAGAGAUAGAGACAGAUAGAUAUCUCUCUCUCUCUCUCUCUUUACUUUCCUUUUCUUCCUUCAUUCUCGUGGUCGCGUAUCGUGAUUAACGCGACUGAUCGACGACGAAAGGGGAAAUAAAAAAAGCAUAUAUACGUACACACAUACGUAUGUACGUACGUAUGCAUGCACCCACGCAUUCGCUCAUACGAACGAACAAACAAUUGGGAAAAAAUAAGAAGAUAAAGAAAAAUGAAGCUGGACGUGUCCGACGUAUUGUACGACAGCUCGAGCGUUUCCAGCGACAGCGGUACGUCGCAGAGUUCCCGCGUCAGCCAUGAUUUUCUCUCCAGCAUCGCUAACUCAGCUACGCUGCCGGGCAACUUGGUAUCUCUCGACGGCUUGCACAGUGGUGUACCAACAAGAACUACGCCAACAUUGACACCGACGACACUGAGAAGUAUCGAGCAGACUUUCCUCGAGCUUACCAGCGAAACAGGGUCCCAUAGUCGAGAGGCCGGUUUCGUACCACCUUUGGUCGAACCUUCUCAACCAACUCCAGCUCAAACACAAAAUCUGGCGACGCAUCACAACAACCCUGCGAGUACUCUGAUCGAUAGUCAACAGACGUUACCUCAGCAGCCGGAACAACCACAGCAACAGCAACAGCAACAACAGCAGCAGCAGCAGCAGCAGCAACAACAACAACAGCAACAGGCAACGAAACGCAAUAUGGGUGGUAGGAGACCAAACAGGACGAUUGGUAUGACACCCGAAGAAGAAAAGAGACGACAGAUAAGAAGAGAGAGAAAUAAAAUGGCAGCUGCUAGGUGUCGCAAGCGAAGAAUGGAUCACACCAAUGCCCUGCUAGAAGAAACAGAGGGCUUGGAACAGAAGAAGCAAAGCUUGCAGGACGAGAUUCAUCAGUUGCAGCAGGCCAAAGACGAGCUCGAGUUUAUUCUCGAAGCUCACAGAGCUGUCUGUCGACUUCGUUCCUCAUCUCCGCCUGACGUGAAGCCUGUGAUAAAGCCGGAAAUACCGCUCGAGGAUCAAUUCGCUGAACCUACGAAGCGCGAUACCUUGACGGCCGCAAGACCUAGCAGACCAAAUUCUUUGCCCGUUGGAUUUGACAAUAACAACAGACCAAAUUCGUUGUCGAUCUUUAGCGAGCCUAAGGACAGACCGGAUUCAUUGACCUUCAAGACGGUAGAAACACCGUCAUUCAUGAAACCAUCGUUAGAUGUUGCCGGUAUGCCGAUAACAACACCAACCAGCGGUAUACCAUUCAAUUUUGACUCCCUGAUGGAAGGUGGGACCGGCUUGACGCCAGUUUCGACACCUCUAAUACCAUCCUGCUCGACGCAACAAAGGAAUAAUCUCUCCGCCGUAGAUCUUAGCUCUCCAGAUGCUAAUCCACCGAAACUCGUGAGCUUGUGACGCCAAGACGACGUCAUUGAAUAUGGGUCGAACGAGGACGAUCCUGAAUGAAAUCGUGGCGCGCGUGGAUUUAUCUCGCUUGCCAUUCAUUAUUUAGGAAGACGAUGACGAUGAUGACGACGAUGAUGACGAAGAGAAACUUUCUGUGUGUACGUGUACUUUAUUCGCCUCAAGAGAUCUAGAGGAGAAAUAGAAAGAGACAAUUAUAUAAACACCAAUGGAGAAUGAGAGAAAUUAAGAGAGAAAGAAAAAGGAGAGAGAGAGAGAGAGAGAGAGAGAGAGAGGGGCGUUGCCCUUUUUAUCUCGGACGUUUUCUACGUCGCAGACAUCACGAGUUGCCAUAAAUAAGAAAUAUUACAUACUACGUUGUAUUUUUCUCUCUUCGACCGUCCCCACAAGCCUCUGGGAUCGGUUUGUUUACUUUUCUCUCUCUCUCUCUCUCUCUCUCUCUCUCUUUCUUUUU